CUGUUUUCGUCCAUUGCACUGAGCAUGUAUCAGAAGCCGGGACCGCUUACUUCGAUAUUGACCCAGCAGCAGCAAAGUGCUCACAAUCAAAUCGACGACCAUGAACGAUGGUACACGGAAGUAACUGCAAAUAACCGGAUGAGACUUUCGCUCUUGUCAGGUAUCGAUACGGAAAUUGCAUGGGCGCUGAAUCGUCUUGUUCGGUUAUGCAGGAAUGAAGACUUUCGCCUACGGCUAAUCCCUGGGUUGAUGGAAGCGCUUUUCGAAUGGCCAGAAUGGUUCUCAACGACAGGCUAUAAAGAACACACAGAUCUACAGUCACUAUUUGCACCUUCAAAUUCCCUCUUGCUCCGGCGUCAACAUGCCAUAAUGUCUGCGUUUGUUCUUCGCAAUGCCGCUCUCAUCGAUGAUCAGAAUGCACUUGCCAUUGCACGUUUUCAUAGGACAAUGCCCCUCGUGCUUCAUGCGCUUCACAACUUGGACUUUUCUCUCGAUGCCAAUAGCGAAUUUCUGUCCUACAUCUUGGAUAUUCUCCACUGCGUCGCGCCGACUUUUGUCUUGCCUCCAAAGUCAUCACCACAGACUUCAAGUCCACUUCAACCACUUCUGCGUAUUGUAUCCGAAUCUUUGAAUAGGUCGAUGAUAAUGGCUGCCCUGCUCGCGCUAACAUCUCUCCUUUCGGAUCCCCAAAACGCGCCCCAUCUCUCACCAACUUCACCUGCGUUAUCUGUCUGCAUCAAAUACCUCCCUCUACACGACGAUAAGCCUCUUUUAGAAACUUCGUUAAAUUAUCUUUACACGCAUCUAUCCCAUCCCGCUCUGUCGAAAGCUUUUCUGCUACAUCCCGAUAUGCCUAGUGUGUUGCGUAUCUUAGUGACUUUGCUUCUUCUAGACCAAGUACAGGAAAAUGUCACCCUUGAUAUCACUGGCGACUACCAUACUGUUCCUUCCGCAGUCCUUAGCACCAAGGAUCACGAACUUAACAAAAUAGAGCUGGAUGGGCUACUUGCAAUUCAUGAACCCAAACGUUGUUUCGAUUGGCUUGCCCUAAUGUUUGUCAAAAGGCCCGGAGGUGAAAUUACUCAGGUGGAUCUGUGGAAUCUCUACAAGGAUGCAUUUGAACUAUGCCAGGACCCGCCGAUGCUACCAGCAUCUGAGGUUAUAAAAAACGCGACCACAAUGUUUGGAACACAAUCGCUGGUGAUACAGGGCCCUCCAACGAAAUUUAUCAUUCAAGAUAUAGAUAGACGCAAAGACACUAUCUUAGCAGACAAAUUAAAAUGUCAGUGGAACCGGUCUCAAUGUACAGCUCCCCCACUUUCAACCGCAGCCGAGCUUUGCGAGCACGUUUUGCAGCAUGUUAAGUCGUAUGACGUUGAAGGCGAGGCUGCCUGCCUUUGGUCAACUUGCCCGGUAGAUAAAAUCCCGCAAGAUCGUUUCCGAGCACAUGUCCUCACACAUUUCUGGCAAGCCCAUAUUCCCGCAGAACGAAAUCCUUCACAAAGCGAUACCAUUACCAUUUCCCCUGCCACGAAUCAUCCAGAUCCAAAUCCCACGCAACGAAAACCCCCUUUGCCUCGAAGCACCGUGAUCAAUUCUCUGCGUACAGUGAACGACGCACCUUCUGUAUCUCUACUUGCCCUUUUGUGUAUCAGAAUUUUAUUUCGAGCAAGUUUUGCUGCUGUUGAAGCGGCUCCGAAGGUCGAUGCCGACCACUUCGGCUUCCCGGGGGUGACUGAGGAAACUGAGGACGAGGAUGGAGGGCAAGUCUUGGAAGAAAAUACACUUAUAAAUGAGAAGGAAGGAGGAAGAAGAGGGCGCAGAACAUUUGGAGGUAUACGGAAGCUCUUGGAAGCUGUUCAAAUCAAAGAUGAGGUUCUCAUGGGAUGGAUAACAGAGAUGAUUAAUGCAGCCUUGGAAGAAUAAUUAAUGGAAAGCGGUAUACGAGGGUAUACGUCGCCAGUGGUUUUAUGUAAUAAUCUACGAUUCAAUUAAUUUACAGUACGGGAGGAUACUGGUGGGCC